AUGAAUUCUUCGAACCCGAGCGCGGGCAAGUCCCUUCAGAUCCAGUCGAAUUAUCCUCCGGCCGCUCAAGUGGCACCGGCACUACCGAGUUUCGAGACGGCUCGCCGCGCGAACCCAGCAGCCGGGGGUUCUCUACCGCAACCCACGCCCCGAAAGGGACAGAGCUCUCGAAACCAACACCGGCCUCAGCGCCGGCAUCACUUGGGGGAGAGAAUGGUCGACCAGUACGAUGCCAUGGCGGAGCUUCGAGCACUUAGAAACCCGACCAGUCGACGUGGACAGACAUCCAUUACGCAUCUUUUGAAUUACUCAGCACCGUUGCAUCAUCAUCACCACGACCACGGCCAUCACCACCACUCGAACCCCAGGUCAUAUCGGCGAAAUCCAACCUGGGGCCCGGGAUCGGGAUACCAUGCUGUUGAUAAAUCCAGAUACGUCCAUGCCAACUACCGCUUUGUCGUCUCUCCGGAGGGAGACUACUCCAAGAACGCAGCCGAUGCAGACCUCUUCUUGGACUGGUCCAACACCCUGCAGGUGAUUGCAUCAUCGGAGUCACAGGCGGCCUCAUGUCCCAUAUGUUUGUCGGAACCAGUGGCUCCCCGCAUGGCUAAAUGUGGGCAUAUUUUCUGCCUCCCUUGCUUGCUUCGCUUCAUGAACUCGGUAUUAAACGAUGAAGAGGCGAAACCGGGCAAGGGUGCCAAAUGGAGGAAAUGCCCCAUUUGCGAAGACAGCAUCUAUCUUCCUGAAGUACGACCGGUUCGAUUUUACGCCGGUCAAGAGAGCCCCCUUCCCCGAGUUGGGGAUGAUGUUGUCUUGAGACUCAUGGCGAGGAACGCCGACUCUACGCUUGCUCUCCCGCGGGAGAGUGGAGCGGAAGUGCUCAGCUCUGGUGAUAGCAUCCCGUGGCAUUCCGCUGCCAAUGUCUUGGACUACGCUCGUGUCAUGAAGGGCACGGGCGAAUACAUGGCCGGCCAGUAUGAUGAGGAAAUUGAGACGAUGCUACAACAAGCCAUGGAAGAUGAAGCGAUGUUUGGACAAGACAAUGAAUGGACUCAAAAAGCCGUCAAAGCCGUCAAUGCGGCGAAGGAGAAGGUUGUUACCCUUGGUGGGGCCGAUGCGCCAAAUACAACAUCGCUUUCUGAUCCAGCGAGACCAUCAUCAGACGCCGAUUUUUACUUUUACAGCGCCCUGCCUCACUUGUAUCUUUCUCCUUUGGAUAUACGGAUUUUGAAAACUACAUAUGGAUCCUUUGCGGCCUUUCCUUCCACAUUGUUACCUAGGGUUGAGCACCUUUCGACCGGGCAUGUCGUCGAUGAUGCGUUACGAAAACGAGCAAAGUAUCUGGGGCAUCUUCCUUAUGGCUGCGUCAUUAGCUUCCUGGAGUGCGACUGGACAGAUAUUGUCCCUGCUGAAACGCUAGAGUCAUUCAUGGCAGAUAUUGAGAAGAGGCGAAAUCGUAAUCGUGAUAAGGCCGCACAAGAAGAGCGAGAACGCCUUCAGUCCGAGAGGAUAGAGGCGGCUGCCCUUCGAAGCCUUACUGGAUCUCGACGGCCGCAUUCCCCACCCAUUGAGCCUGAUUCGCCUCCAUUCAUGGACAUGUCCGAGUUCCAGCCUUUAGCAGCACCGUCUAGUACAACCCCUCCAGAGCCAAGAUCAGGGUUUUCCACUCUGGCUUCAAUGUCAACCAGCCCUUCUACUCAAAGAACGGUCUGGGGCACUCCCGCGCUCUCAAAUACUCCUGGAAUGGAAGACAUCCCUCCACCUACCAACCCUGAUGACGGGUGGCUCAAGGAUGAGGAAUUAUUCCUCAGCCCAGGCGAGCUUGCUAGGCAAAUGGAGGCCUUGAACACCCUCGAUAAAGACGAGAAUGGACAAAGCAGCAAGUCUCAAGGCGGUGGAGGUGGGGGCGGCGGUAAGAAGAAGAAGAAGCAGAAGAUUACGCUCAUGAGCACUGGUGGGCGGCGUGGCAUCUAA